AUGAAUGGUACCUGUCAACCAAAAACGUGUAUAAACGGAACAUGGUCCAAUAACCGAAGAUGCUCAUGUGAAUUGGAUUCGACAACAACUAAAUAUACACAACAACAAACUUCAUUUCUAGAAUCUUCAAUCUCUUCGUCCACCACAAGAACCUUUUUGUCGACGGAUACCACUAGAGUUCCAUCAACAACAUCAAAAACUAUACUUCCAACAUUUUCGACCUCCACAGUCAACAUAAACGCGGCAUCACCAAUAUCAACGUCGAAAGGCACAACACUAUUGCCAUCUAUAUCCUCGACGGUCACUAAAACAGCGCAAACGUCUUUAUCCUCAACACAUAACACUCCUGCAAAUCCACACCUACCGCAUACAUUUUCAAGGCACACAACAGACCAUAAUAGAGUUUCUCAAAAUCCAACGACUCCCUUCGCGCGUACAAAGGAACAAAAUGAUAUAACAACGGAUGACAAUUCUGUUAUGCUGAAGUCUGUUUAUAACUCUAUCAAGAUGAUGUGGGUCAGCGUUGGUGGAGGAGUAAUAAUAAUCAUCAUCAUUGUCCUUAUCACAUCCUUUGUCGUCUGUUUCAAAAUGAGAUCAAAGUCUAAGGGUGUGAAAGACGAUGAGAGUACUUCUUUUUCCUCCGAGGGUUCGAAUGGACUGAGAAAAUACGCAGGAACACCUCCGCGAUCAUGUGGAGGUUUGCGUAGCGAGACGAAUAACGUUUAUUCCGAUUAUAAUGAAGGCAGUAAUUACAGCUUGCCUCGUUACAACAUCCACAAAAGUGGUGCACAUGGAUACUUCGAUUGUGAUCGCAAAAUCUUAGGUAAUCCGGCGAGAGAGCAGCGGGGAUAUUACUAG